AUCUGAUAAGCGGCCAAAAUUUCGCCUCACUCCGAUCUUCCCUCUUUCCUUCUCCUCACUACUUACUAUAAACGAGGUGAAGCGCAUCGCAAGUUUGGACUUUGGUUUCGCCACUUCCAUCUCAUCUCAAAACACCCGCAAAUUUAAACGAAACUCGUCACCAAGUUACAAUCCCCGAGAUUUCCACUACCAACCCACAGCCAAAGCCAAAGGCCCGCCCCCAAAACCCCGCAGAAAGAGAGGAGUCCAGCAAAGAAUCCAAAAGUCAAGAUGUCAGCCUUAAUUGAAAUCCCCUCCGAGGAAGAAUUCGCCUCUCACAUCAAAUCCCUGCCCCCGACGACCCUAUCGAUUCUCUACUUCCACGCCCCUUGGGCCGCGCCCUGCGCGCAAAUGCGCGCUGUGCUCUCCGCCCUCGCAUCUCAAUACCCCGCCACAACCCCCCCAACAACCUCCUUCAUCAGCAUCAACGCCGAAGAACUCCCUGACAUCUCCGAAGACUACGACGUCACUGCCGUCCCCUUCGUAGUCCUUACCCGCAACGGCGAAGUCCUCGAAUCCAUCUCCGGCAGCGAAGCCACCCGCGUCCGCGACGCCGUCGAACGCCACGCCGGCUCGAAAGCCUCCGCCGGCGCGUCCGCCACAAUCCCCCCACCGUUGGCCGCUGUGCCCCGCGAGACGGGCCCCACGACGGCUACACAGCCGCCGGCCGGCGCUGCGAACGGGGAUGCGCUAACGCAGGAGCAGUCGAAGGAGGCGCUAUUUGCGCGACUCGCGGAGCUGGUGAAGGCGGCGCCGGUGAUGCUCUUUAUGAAGGGGACGCCGAGUGCGCCGCAGUGUGGGUUCAGUAAGCAGCUUGUAGCGAUCCUGCGCGAGAGAAGUGUCAAGUAUGGGUUCUUUAAUAUCUUGGCCGAUGAGGACGUGAGGCAGGGGUUGAAGGAGUUUGCGGAGUGGCCUACGUUCCCGCAGUUGUGGGUUAGUGGGGAAUUGGUUGGAGGUUUGGAUAUUGUCAAGGACGAGAUCGAAAAUGAUCCUGAUUUCCUGCGUGAUUUCUCUGUUAACAAGGCUCCCGCUGCGGCUUGAGCGUAUAGAAUAUGGGAAAUAGUUUUCUUUAUGUCUUGUUUUCUACCUGCUUGCAAACACGAUUUGUUAGAUUAUAGGACAGCGAUGCCAUUACGUUUUCUAUGUUCAGUGUUCCAGCACAAUAUCUUCCUGCAUGAUUAGUUCUUUUGACUCAUCAACAUAAUAAAAGAGACUCCAAAAAACAAAUGAAUA